AUGAAAAAGUCAAAACGAAAGAACACAGCUGUAGAAGAAAAGCUGAAAGCUAUUGAGCGAGUGAAAAGUGGAGCUAAGCAAGUGGAUGUUGCUCGUGAUAUUAAAGUUGAAGAGUUAUCAAAGCCUGUUCGUCUGUCACAGCCGUUGGACAAGGCAGUAACAACCAACUAUAAACCAGUGGCAAAUCACAUUUAUAAUGUGGAGUACUACAAGAAGAAAAAGGAGGAGGGGAAUCGUACCCGGGCUGAUAAACAGCAAGUGUUCGACAUGCUCUUCUCAGCCUUCGAGAAGCAUCAGUAUUACAAUAUCAAGGAUCUGGUGGACAUCACCAAACAGCCUGUGGUGAGUAUUGCCUGCUCGAGGAUUAAAUAAUGCAACAAGAUUGCAAAACAAAUAGAUCUGGCCCAGUGUUUAUCCCAACAUGUUCUGUGGUGUUUUGUUGAACUAAUAAAUAUGUAUUCAGGUCCUAUAGUAAUGUGCAUAUUCUUUUUACCUGUGGAAUGGCCCUCUGCUUGCAGUCUGGUUUCUUGUUUUGUCAGUAUUUGUGUACUGUUUAGCUUGAACCUGUGCUGAGGGCUGUUGCAGCCCAUGUGCUUCUGCCCCCUAUUGGUGUAGCUUUGAAAUACAGAUUUUUACUUUUCCUUGAGAAUAUUAGUAUUCUGUCCAUGUGAGAAUACGUGUAACCAGUGCUCCAGAUAAGGUUUCGGGUCAUUUGAGUAAUUUACUCUGAAAUUUAAACAAUGUACAUAAACUGUAUUUUUUGUGUGGGUGUGAGUGAAAUGCAACAUUACCUUGAAG